AUGCAGCGCCGGUCGACAGGGCGCGAUACGCAAACAGCCAUCACGGUCAACUAUGCAGACCCCAGCUCACCAAGCGACUCGCCUACGUCAGCGUCCAGCUUUGACAAUAUUGACUCCUCGAAGACUUCGCUCCAAGCGGAUGACGAGAGCGAAGAUGAGCUGCAAUCUGGAACUAUACACGUCAAGUCACGCACUCCGGGAACAAGGGAUCUACCAGCUCGCUCGACGCGGAGUCAGGUAAGCUACGCCAAGCCGGUCAAAGGACAUGAGAAGAAGUCAGCCGGACGCUCUAAGCGUAAGGUCGCCAAGAUUCUCGUUUCAAACACUGCUGAAAGCAAAGCGAAACCACCAGCGGAGACUGCACGUGCGAAGGUUCGACAAGCGAUUGCCGAGCUCACUAAACCUAAGCGUGAUGCAUUCAUCUUGAAACACAAGAACUACUUCCUGCCCCUCCUCCCAGCGUCAAACUACAUUGCCAAACGUCAAGUCAAAGGCAUCGCACAAACUGGGACUGUCGAGUAUGCCACUAUUACUCAGCAGCCUGCUGGAAUCAAAGCAACGAUGAAACCGUAUCAGAUGGAAGGCUUGUCCUUUCUCCAGCACAUGUAUCGCAAUGGUAUGCCUGCUAUCCUCGGUGACGAGAUGGGUCUUGGUAAGACCCUUCAAACAUUGUCUCUGUUUGAGUGGCUUAAGGAGAACGAAGCCGAUUCGGGCGAGAAGCAGCCGCACUUGAUCGUUUGCCCGCUCAGUGUUCUAUCUUCGUGGAUGAACGAGACGAAGAAGUGGACCGACUUCAAAGCCGUGCGUUUCCACGGCCCCAGGGUGGAACGCAACCAGGUGAAGCAGGAGUUGCUGGGCGCCACGGAUGUCGACAUCAUUGUAACGACGUACGACACGUUCAAGGCCGAGGCUGGGUACUUCAAGCGUGCCUUUGCUUACAAGUACUGCGUCCUUGACGAAGGGCAUAAGAUCAAAAAUGAGCAAUCAGAGGUCUCGGAGGCUUUGCAAUCGCUCCAGGCGGAAUAUAGGCUCCUGCUGACAGGUACCCCUUUGCAAAACAAUCUCAAAGAGAUGUGGGCGUUGAUACAUUGGCUCCUACCAGACGUUUUCCCAAGCGAUACCGCCGCGGCUUUCAAGGCUGCUUUCGAUCUCACUCAAGGAAAAGUGUCAACAACAUUCAUGGACGACUCCAGGCGUCUUCUUGAGCUCUUGAUGAUCCGGCGCAUGAAGUCCAGUCCAGGAGUUGACCUAGGUCUGCCACCAAAGGAGGAGGUGCUACUCUAUGUGCCUCUAACUCCUAUGCAACGUUUCUGGUAUACUCGCCUUUUGACGAAGGUUGACACUGCGAUGCUGGAGGACGUUUUCAAGCGCGACAUCAGCGCAGACGCUUCGGAUGACUGGAAGGAGAGUCGUGCGAUAUUGCAGCAAACCCUCGAACAGGAGCAACGUGAAGGCUCUGACAGAGGAAAGGGCCACUGGUCGAAGCUGAUGAGCCUCAUCACACGCCUUCGCCAAGUCUGCUCGCACCCAUACCUUCUGAAGUCUGCUCUGCCUGAGCCUUAUCAUCUUGGGAACCAUGUCAAGACCGCGUCCGGCAAAUUCAUUGUGCUGGACAAGCUCGUGCAGCGCUUAGUGAUCGAGCAGAGGAAGAAGGUCCUGAUCUUCUCCGGUUAUACUCAGACUCUCGAUCUCUGCGAAGACCUACUCGCCCUGAAAGGUGCGAAUCAUAUUCAACAUGCGACAUUCCGUUAUCUGCGCUUCGAUGGAAGUACAGCUCGUGCGAACCGAAAUCUUGGAAUUAGGCUGUUCAACCAGCCGGAGAGCGACUUCCGUGUCAUGCUUAUUAGCACGCGCGCUGGGGGCCUGGGGAUCAACCUCGCCUCUGCAUCCGAUGUGAUCUUUCUGGAUGAGGAUUGGAACCCUAUGGUUUCCGCGCAGGCCGAAGCGCGAGCGCACCGUAUUGGUCAGACGCGACCAGUGACAGUGUACAAGAUCUGCACACGAGGCACCGUCGAGGAGCAGAUGCUCGGGAGAAUCCGCAAGAAGCUGUACUUGUCCGUCAAAAUCACAGAGAGCAUGCGCAAUAUUCACGGCACUGCUGCUGGGCAGAAGCGCAAGCAUUCCGAUCUAGACUACGCCGACGAAGCUUCGAAGCUUAAUACUGAUCAACUCAAGUCGCUGCUUCGGCUUGGAGCGCAGACCUUAACCCAUGCGGAGGUGGACGUCGAGGCCAUGCUGGACUGGGAUUUCGCGACAAUGAUCGCCCAUUGCAAGGAUAAGACAGUCGAGCAUCCCAACCGGGAGAGUGACCGCGACGCUUUAAAGGGCGAAGAGGAGCAGGCCUGGUUGAACAAUAUUGAGAGGGUCGAGACAGCGGUGUUCGAGGGUAAGAGACACCAUCGCCAGCUCGACGACAUCAUAAAGGCGCAACACGAUCUUGUCCGAGCAGAUCGACGCAUCAACAAAAACACUACAGUGAUGGUUGACGGUUACGCCAUUGCCAAAGAGAGCAUGCUGUGUGCCGACUGGGAAGCUGUUCCUACUUUGGCAGGCAAGGAUCCCCGUCUAGCUGAGCCUACCAAGAUGAAGAAAGAAGCGAUCACUAACCAGGACUACUGUCAAUGUUGCUUGGACGGCGGCGAGGUAGUGCUCUGUUCCGGCUGUCCGCGCUCAUACCACAUCAAGUGUCUCGACAAAGACUUCAAGGCCUUGGCAAGGGGCAAGAUGAACUUCUUCUGCCCACAACACUGCUGCAGAGAUUGCGGUGCGAAGACUGCGGAGGCGGGCGGUAUGAUCUACAGAUGCCGUUGGUGCGAGCGUGGAUACUGCGAGGAUUGCUUGGACUUUGACAAUAGUAUUCUCAUCGGCGACACGAUGCCGGAGUAUGAGAUGCUGGGUUUCGGUGCUAGGUCGCAAGCCUACUAUGUGGAGUGUUCAGACUGCAUUGAGCACUGGAAGGAGGAUGAGGCGAACCGCAAAAUGGUUUUGCAGGAGCGCAAGCGGAUCGAGAAGGCGUACGCCAAACAUUUGAAAAAGGCUUGA